AUGCCUCCACCAUCAUACAAGGCAAUCGAAGAUUAUGGCAUCAUUGGGGAUAUGCACACGGCUGCUCUCGUCAGCAAGGAUGGAAGCAUGGACUUUCUCUGUUGGCCUGUCUUUGACUCUCCGUCAGUCUUCUGUCGGCUUCUAGACAAGGACAAAGGCGGGCAUUUCAGCAUCCAUGCAAGCGUCGCGCAUGAUGGGAUGCCUCUGAGCAAGCAGAGAUAUCUUCCUUAUACAAACAUCAUGGAAACCCGAUGGAUCCAUGAGCAAGGUGUCCUCAGUGUGACGGACUUUUUCCCCGUUUCAAACCACAAAUCCCCCCAGUCUGACAGACACUUGUCCGGAUACUGUUCCUGUACUGAGCCAGGUGGUAACCGCUGGAAGACCGGUGCCAAGCACUCGGGCAUCAUUCGUCGAGUGGAAUGUGGGCGAGGCAGUAUGGGUGUCAAGAUGGAAUUGUUUCCCGCAUUCAAUUACGCCCAAGAUGGUCACACUGUUCGCUGCAACUUCCAGUCAGAGGAAGGAGGCAACAAUUUACAGACUGUAUACUUUGAAUCGCCCCAGGAACGGCUUCAGUUAGAUAUCUGGGCAGACAACAGAAGAGAAGAACAGGGUCUUCCCAAGGCUGUUUACCACCUAGAGAACAGACCUGGUCAUCUGGGACAAGGUCUUGUCGCUGACCUGGAGAUCCAGGAAGGGCAAUCCAUGAUCUUUGUCCUCCAUAGUCCUGAGAAAGCUCUACCAGGUCCGACUCAGCUUGCUUCUUACCUGUCACGACUCGAGUCAGAAACUUUCCAGUUUUGGACUGACUGGAGCCACAAGUGCACAUUCCGCGGCCACUAUCGCGAGACUGUAGAGAGAAGCCUACUGAUUCUCAAACUGUUGACGUACAAACCCACGGGGGCCGUCAUAGCAGCGCCAACUUUCUCUUUACCAGAAAACAUCGGCGGCUCCCGCAACUGGGAUUACAGAUACUCCUGGGUCCGCGACACUUCCUUUACACUGUAUGCGUUCCUCAAGAAUGGCUACGACGAAGAAGCCGAAGCAUACAUUACUUUCAUAUUCGAUCGUGUCUUUCCACCCUUGACCCAAAGGGAGUACACAAAGGAGCAACACCGACCCUUCUUGCCAAUCAUGUUCACGAUCAGAGGCGACUCUGAAAUCCCAGAGUUUGAGUUGAGCCAUAUGGACGGAUAUCGCGGGAGUAAGCCCGUACGUAUCGGUAACGCGGCCGCCUUCCAUACACAGUUGGACAUCUACGGCGAACUCAUGGACAGUAUCUACAUGUACAACAACCACGCCAAACCGAUCCAGUACGACCAAUGGCUCGGUAUCCGUCGCAUGAUCAACUAUGUGAUUGAAGUCCGCGACGAACCCGAUAUGUCCAUCUGGGAAGUUCGCGGUAAGCCGCAACACUUCCUCUACUCCAAGAUGCUUCUCUGGGUUGCGCUAGACCGCGGCGUGCGUCUGGCCGAGAAGCACUCUACUUUACCAUGUCCAGACAAACAGCAAUGGAUCCGCGUCCGCGACGAGUUGUACGAUGAAAUCAUGGAUAAAGGAUUCAACAAGGACAAGGGAUUUUUCUGUCAGAGCUAUGAGAAUACCGAGGUUGUCGAUGCGGCGCUCAUGAUUGCGCCGUUGGUGCUUUUCGUGGAGCCGAAUGAUCGUCGGUUUUUGAGUACUCUGGAUAAAGUGCUGGAGCCUCCUGAGAAGUCCGGAUUGACGAGUGCUAGUAUGGUGUUUAGAUAUGAUCAUGAAAAGGCUCAAGAUGGGGUCGGCGGCCGUGAAGGCGCCUUUAUCAUGAUCACAUUCUGGGCUAUAGAGUCCAUGUUCCGGGCUUGUAAAUACACCGACACCCUCCCCAACGGCGACGACAUUCGCCGCAAAGCAAUCGCCAGCUUUGACAACGUGCUCUCCUUCGCCAACCAUCUCGGAAUAUUCUCCGAGGAAGUGGCCAUCAGUGGCGAGGCGAUGGGCAAUGUGCCACAGGCGUUUAGUCAUUUGUCGUGCAUUAGUGCUGCGAUGAAUUUACCUGACAUUCGUCGCUGA